GCCUCCUGUCAUGGAGACAGACGGAGAGAAGUUGAGAGUUUGUAAUUGGGGCGAGGCUCGUUUUGUUCGGUUCCCGUUCCGUGAUCCGACUCUCGGAUUCCCCGUAGCGAUCCGUCGGAGCGCUGCAAGUUAAUGUGGCGCUUUUUUAAGCGUUUCUUUUCGGCUCCAUGUUGAAGUUUUUUUGUUUUUUUUUUCAGCCUCCACAGCACAGACUCUCACCGCCGCACACUCUGAUCACACACACACACUCGCACACACACACGCAGAGUACACACACAGACACACGCGUCGUCCUCGCCUGAUCUGCACUAGCGCGGGUCAUUCCAGGUUAAACCCUGGCGCUGUGUCCCGUUCAGUUUAGCCGUCGGAGAUCAACACUGGUUCCAGCUGAGGAGAAAUGCACAGGCACCGGGACUUGAAAUAAUCUUCGGACCCCAGCUUCGUCUUGCAUAUGCGGUGUUUCUCUUGGGGAGCUGAGCGGCUCCUCAGCGCUGCCUGGAGUCAGACUUCACUACUUCCACCGCUUGUUAUGUACCCAGAUGUCUGAGGAGGCUCUGAGGAUGACGUCUUGGCCUUGAACCCCACCAGUAUGUCAGAGCCAGCAGAAAAUUGCUCCCCCCCCUGGAAAGAUGAGGCCAUUCAAAAUGGGUACAUACCAAGUUACCUGGACAAGGAUGAGCUAUGUGUAGUGUGCGGGGACAAAGCCACAGGCUACCACUAUCGCUGCAUUACCUGUGAAGGUUGUAAGGGUUUCUUCAGGCGGACGAUCCAGAAGAAUCUCAACCCGACCUAUGCUUGCAAGUAUGAGGGGAAAUGUGUCAUCGACAAAGUGACCAGGAAUCAGUGCCAGGAAUGUCGCUUCAAGAAGUGCAUCGUGGUGGGCAUGGCGACCGACUUGGUGUUGAACGACAGCAAGCGGUUGGCCAAGCGCAAGCUAAUCGAGGAGAACCGGGAGCGCCGUCGGAAGGAGGAGCAGCAGAAGACGGUGUGGGACCGCCUGGAGCCCACCCAGGAGGAGUGGGACGUCAUCCGCAUGGUGACUGACGCCCAUAUGUCCACGAAUGCCCAGGGAAACCACUGGAAGCAGAAGCGGAAAUUCCUGGUCGAGGAAGCUAUGCUUCUUAAUGAAAUAACAUGUAAUUUAUUCUAUACUUCUGACCAGAGUGCAGCGGGGGUGAAGGAAGAUAAGCCUGAGGAAAUUGGUCAAGCGUCCAUGGCAAAUACACCUGAAGGAAACAAAGUGGAUAUAGAAGCCUUCAGUCAGUUUACAAAAAUUAUCACCCCUGCCAUAACCCGAGUGGUGGACUUUGCCAAAAAACUGCCUAUGUUUUGUGAGCUGCCUUGUGAAGACCAGAUCAUUCUGUUGAAAGGCUGCUGCAUGGAGAUCAUGUCGCUGCGAGCUGCUGUUCGCUACGAUCCUGAGAGCGAGACUCUCACGCUGAACGGGGAGAUGGCGGUCACACGGGGUCAGCUUAAGAACGGAGGCCUGGGCGUUGUCUCAGACGCCAUCUUCGACCUUGGCGUGUCGCUGUCCUCCUUUAACUUGGACGACUCUGAGGUGGCUCUUCUUCAGGCGGUCAUCCUGCUUUCAUCCGAUCGGCCCGGUCUGAGUAGUGUGGAGCGGAUCGAGCGCUGCCAAGAGGAGUUCCUGCUGGCCUUUGAACAUUACAUCAACUACCGCAAACACAAAUUGGCACAUUUCUGGCCCAAGCUGCUAAUGAAGGUGACGGACCUGCGGAUGAUCGGCGCCUGCCACGCCAGCCGAUUCCUCCACAUGAAAGUGGAGUGUCCCACCGAGCUAUUCCCUCCUCUCUUCCUGGAGGUCUUCGAGGACUGACCAAUGGAUUUAAGUGUAUGCGUGCGUGUAUGUGUCCUUGUGUGUGUAUGUGUGUAUGUAUGUGUGUCUGUAUGUGUGUGUGUGUGUGUGUGUAUGUGUGUGUGCAUCCGUCAGCGUCUGGGCACCCUGGUGGUCUCAGGGGUGGAACCAGCAGAAUGGCCGUCACAUUGAACUUUCUAUUAGCACUACUGAGUGUCACUUCAUUCCGUACGUUAGGAUUAGCUCUCUGGUCUAGUUUUGGAUUGAACCAUUCCUUACAGUGCGGGUACAUUUUUUGUUCUGUUGUUGUUAUUAUUGUGGAUAUAACCUCUCACCUCGGAUAUGUGUUGAUGAUUGUACAGUUGGCUUAAUGGUGAUUUUUAUCAACGCUUGUUUAUUCAUUAGAAACAAUGCAAAUGUUGUAUUUUCCUUCCUUUAUGUUGACAAUUUCAAUAUGGCUGCUCACCCGACACAAAAACUAGGACGUUAUCAGCUAUUUGUUAGUCUCUCUCCCCCCCCGCCUGCCUGCUCGACUUUAUUGGACCCCUUUGUUGGUUGAAUUUUUAACCGUCAUGUAGUCUGUCACCUACUCGCUAUCAAACUAUGACACGUUAACGGCAACUCUCACUCACUGUAAUAGACAGCAGCUCCACGGGCCUUGGUUCGUCUCUACGUCGCCACUUUUCACAAUGUUACCACCGCCAUGCAGCGUUUCGGAGGUGUCGGGAAAAUCUGAACAUACAGAACAGCAGCUUAAGACGAAAGUCUGAGUCAGAAACGAGUCCGAGCUUUUCUGGGACACUUUUAUUCAGUGUCAUACGGUAAAUAUAGCAACAUGCACUGUUCCAGCCUGGUGGACAACAUUAGCUUCUGCACAACGACAGCAUGUUCAGGCCAAAGGACAAGAGUGUUAUCUUUAAGGCUCAUGUUAUAUGGAGCUCCCUCAAACCGUAUCUUAACAUCGUGGAAAUUGUAUAAACCACAUGAUUAAAUAAAUAAUCAAACAAUAAACAGUAGAUCCAUCUAUAAUGGUAGUAGUUGGUAGCAACUGCAUCAUAAGCCAGCACUCUGUGAGACGGAAGAGCAGCAGGGCACUGGUUUCUCUUAUUCUGUGGCUCAAAUUGUCUGUCCUUGCUGCGUUUGAGUGAAGAAAGUCUUGUGUCCGUGUCUGUUGCCUUUAUUUUUACAACGUGGACCAUGAAACACACAUACUCUCGAUCCCGACUUCCUACAUUGAGAGGAAUGCAGCGGUAGCAUUAAAAAUGAGCCUGGUCACCGUCGCCACAAACUGGUCAGGACUAACUUAAGCACACAAUGACGCUGAUGUCAUGAGAAGACAAUCAUGUUGUAUUCGUUUUGUGUGUGUAACAAUGCCACAUGCUGUGCCAAAACCAAGUGAAUGAUGCCCUCCUUAUUGAAUCCCUGCUCGGGCUCUCAUUGCGACUCCGGCACUUGACUUAUUUGUAUGCGCGUCGCUCGCAGACUUGUUCCAACGACACAUUAGCAGCUUUUAAGUGUUUUACCGCGGCUCACUAGUCACACGUACAGUUUCAACCGUUUUUUCUUUUGUUUUCUUUUGUUAUAGCACGACUCCCCGCAGACGGGAGGCCGUAUGUUAAAACAGUGACGUCAUGGUGCUAUGGUGGGUUGGGGAAAUGGCUGAUUGAACUGUAUCGUUAUCUACGUGCAGAGACAAACAUUAUCUGUUCACGUACCAGCCAACCACCCUCUAAUGAUGGCAUGCAUAGACACUAACACUCAAACACGCACACAUACUUACAGUAUACCUUUCACACACAUGCGCAUACAUAUACAGUAUAUGCACACAUGCAUGUGCCUACAUUCACACAUAGGUCAGACCCCAACACUGUGACCACACAGUGGGACUCGGAGGCCAAGUGAAAGUUGGCUGGCCCGAAACCUGAUUCAUCAUCAGCAAGGUACACUGAGGGAGCUGCUGAGAUUGUGAAAUCGUAGCGCUUUAUCCGUUUUUUUUUUAUUUUAACCGAUAUGUUUUCUUUUUUUGUUGUUGUUUUAAAAGCUUCUCAAUGGUCUUGUUGUUUGCAAUGUGACAAAAAAUACAUUUGCUUUGUAUAUCUCGCUUUUCCGAGCUUCACACUACUCCUCAAAGCCGCAUGUGUUUAUUUUAUGUUUUUCUCUUUUCUGUGAAGUGAUGCCUUUUUAUCAAAGCAAUAGACUUGCUGCAGUGUUUGAAUGACCCGGACCUCACACACACACCUCGCAAACUGUACAGACUCAAUAUAAAUGCACAGACAAUCAGAGGGAGAGAGACGAAUGGGGGAACAGGCACCCAGACUCAGGCGGGCGGUCCGGUCGGGCUGGGCCAUGCUGAGCCACGGCCAUUUGGAAAAGUAACAUUGACUAUGUUUGCAUGCACCCCUCACCUCCACAGUGCUGUUGAACUCAUGUGAUACCCUGAGCCUGCCAGUAAAAAACAUCAAUGAAAAGAUUUGGUCAGUUAUUACAAGCAGGAGCGACUUACUCAACCAUAACAGACAGAUUUAUAGGAUUGGAUCAGUCCUAUAUUUUGUUAUUAGAUUGGUAUUCUGGCCUUUAACCACCAAACAAUCCCAGGAGCUAAACUCAGGAACGUUUAUGACCUAAAAGUCUCUUUAGUACACAUGUGUUGUAUUUCAACUGCGUCUGAAGAGCCGUACAAAUCUGAAUUCCACAUUAGCAAAUUAGACCUAAAAUGAACAAUUGUUUGAUACUUUUUUAUGUAAUGAGAAAACUAAAUUCAUCCAGUUGUCUUUUGUAAUUUACGAUUUCAUGACUGUUUACAGCUCUACAUUAGUAUGUAACCACACUGCUCUAUCACUCUUACCUCUUUUUUGAAACUUUUUAGACUUUAACACUAGUCUCAGGAAUUUGGCUGCAUAACUUUCUUUAAACAUCAACAAAAUCCCAUGCUCUGCCCCAUUAUGCUGGCACCAACUGUAGCUUGCUUGCUUGCAGUCUGGUUGAUAGUUGUACACACAGACACACGUGCUGUAGCAGUUUGUAUGAUUGUGUUUGACCUGUCACUGACAUACAGUACUGUUAGCACCACAUACUACCUCAGGAGUGGGGGCCUCUUUUGGAGGAUGCACACUGUGGCCUGGGAACCUAAACUGGAACUAUGUUCCUGAGGUUGAAAAUGUUCCUGAGUGACUGUAAAUGUUUCUGGAUCCCCUCAUAGGUAAAAGGUCACAAUGAGAGCUAAAACUAUUGCACAAAAUAAAAAAAGUGAGUAAUUUUAAAGCUGCAUUAAUUGAUUUUCUUUAUUGCCACUCGUGGCAGAAUUCGACCAAAAACUAAAAAAUUAUUAUUCAAGGGCAUUCAUGUCCUAGGAAGGAAAUGUGGGUCCAAUUUUUGUCUCGUCAUUGUUUGAUUUCCGCCACUUCCCGGGGGAAACUUCCGACCUUUCAGCUGCUGCAUGUUCAGCUUUCUUCACCAGUCAGCACACAGUGGAAACAUCCUGAGUUAAUGAGAGCAGUGAGCUAUAAAACACUAAAUAUAGGCCUAUGUUGAGGUGUAGAGUUUGGUAACACUUCUCUGUGGUCCUUUUCACAUAAACGUUAAAAAAUAUUGGUGUUGAGUUAGCUGCAGCCUUUCACAGCUUUUAAUAGGAGCUCUUUAACUGAGCACCGCCCUCGGCUGUUUAACCUUCUGCUUCCCAUUGCAUAUAUUCGGCACAAUUUCUUUGAGUGAGCCAUCUUUUCUUAAGCUUUAGUCUGAAUCCAGGUUUGUGGACUUGUACAGACAAGAAUAUUACUGUAACCAGGCUCUCUCCCUGCCUGCUUAUGGGCAGUGAGUAUAGUGUAGUAUAUGUAGAGUAUAAAAUGGAGAUACACAAGUGCAUACUUUUAACGAUUAGACUGCUAAAUAACAAGUCUAGAAUUUAACCUUGAGUUAGAUCUUGAAGUUAUAUCAAAAGCCUGUCUGUGAAGUCAGAGCAUGAACUAAUCUCUCUGACACUGUCGAACUCACCAAGUUUUAGAGAUUAACUUUUUAGUUAGUAAGCCCUGUGUUACAGCAGUGUGCUAAAGUCAAUAUAUUUCAACUUAUUUCUCAUUAAAAUCACAUUUGAGAACAUGUAUUAUAUGAAAGAAAUGGAUGGCUGGUUUCAGACACCAGAACCUCAACUUAAAAUGAUUUAAAGUAACCUCAAAGUUGUAUUAACAAGUUUUAGUCGGCUGUUUGAUGGUAAAACUCCACAAGAAGCUGAUACUCGCUUUUUUUGCAAAUUGCGUCCUUAUAGAGUUGCUACAGGUUAAUAAACUAUUGCCUAUACUUACUUAAAUCAGCACCUCUUUGUGUGUCUGCUGACCUGAUGACCUCAGUCUCCGGCUCUUCAGCUGCUCCUGUUUACCCUCCAUUGUAACUUGAUGUCUGCUGUGUGUUGCUGGGUAGGAAGUGUUAGCUGAGCUUUUAGCUGAUAACAGCAGCCCGUUUAAGGGCAUUUUCACACCUGAAAGUCCAGACCAUGGUCCGACCCAAUCUUAACAUUGUUUUGAUAUGAUCCGCUUAGUUUUGGUUUCACAUUAUUAUUGAAGGACAAAAGACUUUCGUGUGACAGAUGUACUUCCUGUCGUCAUCACCUACAUCGGCUGCGACUGCCUAUACCUUGACGUUGGCAUGUUGUCAGUUAUUAAUAGUAAAUAAAUGAACCAGUUCUCAUCAUAGUCUUCGUCGGAGCUGUAGUAUUAUCAUGGGAUUACUACCAGCAUUGCCAACUCUAGGUGCAGUACUCCACACUAUUUCCAAUGCUGCCACUGAAAGUCCUAGUCGGUCAAACAUUAAAUUGUUGGAGGUGAAGACUAAAAGCAAUCCUGCGAGCCCCUUACUCAUCUUUUCUUUUUGUAUUGUGCGAACUUUUAAAAAAAAAGCUUUCAUACUGCAAACGUACUGAACCAUCGUUCAUUUGAUGUGGACUGAGACAUCGAAUACCUUUGGUCCGUUGGUCUGGACCGUGGUCUGAGGAACCUUUCACACCUGUUGGUUUAGUCUGAAGGUCUGGAUCAAACACGGGAUGUGUGAAACCAUAAAACCAAAACAUGAGCUGAAAGGUGCUAAAAUGUUCUGUAGAGUUGAUGGGUCCCAUGAUAAUUCCCUAUGGGUUCAACACUGGUUGUGACCCCCCUCACUUUACAGGUAGUCCACUGAAAUAAGAAUGAAUCAAAUGCAAUUAGUGCAGCUUUAACUCAAAUCUAAACAAAAACCAGUGUAAACAGUACGAAACUAACUCGGAUCGUCGACAUCUAUGACACAAAUGUGAUGUGUGUCUUGCACAGUGCGUAUAAACUGAAUGAGUGCCCUGGGAAAACAGCUCAAAAUGACUCGUACAUCACAUCAUCAUCGUUACUUGAAUGGUCAUAUUCACGGGGGGUGCUGGUGCAUGCAAACAUAGUCAACACUGACUGCUGGUUCGGAAAAUGUUUACUGUUCCUGAGGAGGUGCCAGUACGCUCUUAUCUCUCCCACGAAUUGUUACUGUUAAAGUUACUCAGUUAUAAACUUAUAACAAGAGUUGCACCAUAGAAAAAGCUAUUUUACAGUACAAAGGAAAAAGGAUGUAUAUUUUCAGACUGCAGAUUUUUUUUUACAGAUGUUAGCCUAAUAUGAACAUACUGUUUUGCAUAGCGUUAAAAAAAAAUGACGUCUUGCUCUCAAAUCCAUGUUCACGUCUACAAAAGAAUUAUGAGCAAAAUAAUAUGAAUCAUUACAAAAAAAAAAAAAAUAACACUUUAAUUAGUGCAGCAUUAAUUCCACAAUAAAAAAAAAAAAGAAAAGUUAUUACUGUGUCUUGACUUCACUGUCAGUAUAAAGCAGCACAGCUCCACACGAACACAGCUGAAGACAUCUUCCUGGUCAAAGUGUAACCAGCAUCAGAAAGAAAAAAGUAAUCCACCGUCGACACCGAUUUCUCUCCUUGUGUGUUUCAGUGUCUUCUUAUUCAACUCAUCUGUUCAACACGUACAGGAAAACCGUCGCAGAAGGGAGGGAUUCAGUGUGUGUAGGCGCAGGAGUGAACCUGUGGCGUCAAACCACAAGAUGCACAAGGUUCUGUUGCUAAUUUGCUCUGUUGCACUCUGCAUUUUACUGGAAACAUGGUCCAGUACUGCACUGUCCAGAUGUGGACGUUGCUUUGACAUGAGCGCGGAGGACUUGAAGGUGAAAUGCGUUGCUCAUGGUUGACGAUGAUUGCAGCUAAUGUGAAUUGGCUCUUGAGAAUAAAGAUGGUUUUGAGAGAAA